UGGAUUUGGCACUUCCAGCUGGAAUGGCCCGGCCAUGCGUGGCGCAAGCCGCUUGCAAUGGCCAGGCUCCUGCUGCUGGGGACAGCGCUGGCACAGAGGCCUACGCCCCGCUGGCAUGGCGGGGUGGAGGUGUUGGCGCAGGACCCGCCCAUCUUUUUGCUGCGGAACUUCAUGUCCAGCGCGGAAGCGGAGAGGCUGAUGCUGGACUACGAUGUGGAGCUGAUCCCUGAGUUUGUGAGCCAUGCCAACAGCAGUGGCUCUCCCGUCCAAGACCGCUGCCUGCAGCGCUUCCCCGCCUCAUUCUGCUCCUCGGUGCCGGCAGAAGGCUUCCAAGCGUCAGCUGCAACCUGGCGAGUCACGUUCCCGACGAGUGCGGCAUGGCUCUCGAGCUCGGCGUGCGAGAUACGACGCAUGGGUGACCGUUGUGACUUCCAGACUGACGCGCGCAUUUUUGCCUCCCAGGUGAUGGCGAAGGUGCACCAGCGGGUGGGAAGCACAGUGGGGGUGCCGGAGGAGAACAUCGAGGAGGCAUGGCUCUUCAAUUGGGACAAGAAACGCCGAGGCCAGGACUUGCACCUCGACAACUACCACCACUUCCACUUCCCUGUGCGCAUCGCAUCAGUGCUGGUGCGGUUGCGCGAUGACCCGGUAGGCAUUGCCUUUCCACUGGCGAACUGGUCCAGGGCACACGCACUCGCCGAGGACGAGCAGCUGCUUGACAAGCUUCAGCAAGAGGGCAACGAGCUGCCCUGGCGCGGCAAUGGCCAGGGCAGGAGCUUCAAAAGCCUAGGCGACUUGGACGAGGCCUUUCAGCAGGUCUGCAGCAAGGCACCCCUGCGCUUAAGCCAGGGCGACGCCCUGCUGUACUACCACCUGCGCCCGGAUGGACAGGUGAACAUGCGAUCCAUGCACGCGUCAUGUGGAACUGCCAUGGCAGACACCUCGAAGAUCUUCAUGGCCAAGUUUGUGCGCGCGGGAUCCCUCUUGAGUGCUCACGGCUCCCUGCGCACACCGGAGCUGUUGGCGGAGAUGCGGGCCUGGAUGGAUGAGCGGCAGCGCUCGAGUGGCCUGGAUUCAGCUGCCAUUUGGCUGGAUGGCGAUGACCAUGGCGUGUUGGACCCUUCGAGCUGUGGGCAGCUGAGCCCAUGGUUCGUGCGGCCAUCGGUCGCUCUCGGCGCUGCUCCUGAUUUGCUAUGCCAGGUGCCUGAAGUGUUUCAGGAGCGCAAGCCUGGGGAGGUCUUCGAGAUCCACAUUCUCAUAGGGAACACGGGAGAACGACCCUGGCCCGCUGGCACUGUCUUGUCGCUGCGGGAUGGGGACCCCAUGGGUGGCCCGGCCGGCCUGCGGCUCCAGGAGGUGCCGCCAGGCAGCACGGUGCCCUUGGCAUUGUCUCUGCAAGCGCCUUUGGAGGGCAAGGCUUACUCCGUUUGGAGUCUGGCGGACGGCGACCGAGUGCCCUUCGGCACCCUGAUUUGGGUGGAUGCCGCGGUUGAGGGUCCCGAGGCCCGUGUUCAGCCUGGCUGGGAAGUCGAGCAAGCAGAGCCGGCCAGAAGCACGGCAGAGGGCUGUGAGGUGUUCUGGUCACAACCAAUCUUCCAGGAGCUUUCAAGCCAAACAUCGGCGCUGCCUACUGCUAGCAGUCCAGAUCGCGGUCGCCCAAGGCUGUGCUGGUCUUUGGGACACCGUUUUUGGUUCGCCGAGCUGUCCUUUCACCACGUGAAGCCGCCAGAGACCUUCGUGUUCGGCUUCUGCGUGCCGGCGCAAUGUGAAGGCAAGGAGGUGGAUCUGCAAAUCGCGAAACCGUUCCUGCGGCGCCUCUCGUCCUCCUCCAGCGGCUCGGAUUGGUGCCGGCUGGAGCUACAUGAGUGGACCCAGGAAUUGCAGGGCUUUCUGCCUUUGCUUCCUUUGGUGGUGUUGGCGCUUUGGCGAGGACAGAAAGGAGACCCACAGGAUCUGCAGUUGUGGCCUUGCCUGCUGCGGCUGCUCGCGACCGCCUGCCUCGCUGUAUAUCACUUCGCCUCCUUUCCGGUGUAUGCAGCGCCCGGCCUGCCCGCAGGUUUGUUGCACUUCGUCACCUUCGGCUUUGGCAUCCUUCACGACCCCCUCUUCACGGCCCUCUCGGCAUCUCUCCUGCUCCGCGGCGGGCCGCCAUCCUGGAACUGGCGCACCAUGGCCGGGAGGCUGGGGCGAAAGUGGCUACGACUAGCACCUGUCGGCGUUGCUUCGCGGGUGUUGCUGUGCUUUGCACUUCGCAGGAUUCCCAGUGUGCCUUUUCUGCUGAAUGUGCAGCCUCGCCUGAACGCGCGUCUGUGCAGCUGGUCGGAGGCGCGCACGCAUCAUGCCUGCACGCCGCAAUGGGGACUUGUCGAUGCCUUGCUGGCCUUUCCACCCUUGGACUUUGCCGGCUUCUUUGUGGAGCAGGACGUGGUCCGCUCCAUGCUCCUGGCGCUUCUGGCUCUCUGCUUGGCCGGCCGCUGGCAGCUGCGGAUGCUGGGGAUGGGCUUCCUUGCUGCCACUUGCUGGUCGCUUCUCAGAUCCAUGCGCGACUGCGUGGAUGAUCUUGGCCAUGUGGGCGGUCCCUGCGUGCCGUCUCCGCUGACGGCCUACCUGGACCUGCCAGGCGACACUGCGGUCGCACUCGCUGUGCUGCUUAGACAUAGGUUCCCGUUGCCGAUGUUGCCAGACGUGAAGGGCACAUGUGCUACGCUGGUCGCAGCCGUGGCCAUGGAGGUGGUGGGAAGUCCGCACCCUGCAGCUGCUGGCGCUUGGUAUCUCCUAAGCCGCGUUCUGUUGGGCUUGUCGGCGGCUGGACUUUGCGCGAGCCCAGGGAAGCCCGCACCUCGCUGGCUAGGACAUCUCUCCAAGCUGUGCUUCGGAGUUUGCGCCCUCCACGUGCGGGCCCUGGAAGUCAUCUUCGGCUACUUGCGACCAACGCUUAGUGACUUCUCCUGGGAUCUGCUGCUGCUGGACCUUGCGGCCAUGCUGCUGUGCUCCUUUGCACUGAGUGCCGUACUGCAGCUGGCGACCUGGCCGUUCCAGGCCGCUUGGGCAAAGGACAUGGCCCACACGCAAGGCUCGCAGUUGCGCUUGUGCUGCGAGAAGGCGAGCCGGAUCGGAUCCGGUCUCAGCCUGCGCCAAGAUGCCUUCGCCGGUGGGAAGAACGGCUGCGAUGCCGUUGUAGGCAACGCCGCGAAGCGCAGCGCCAUGAAGCGUGAGGGGCUUCACUUCUUUGCCAAGCCUGGGGCCCAGACACUCGGAAGAUUCCCCGAUGAGGCACGGGGUGUAGAGACAGUAGGUCUGCAAGUUAUGACGCGAGGAAGCCUGGGGGCGCAAGCGCAUCAUCCCGAGCUGCCAAUGCCGCGCCCGGGGGCACCAGCGACCAUUUCGGCCCAGCAGGAGCUGGAGAUACUUCACAUCCCAAAUGGAAAUGAGGAGCUAAGGCAGACUGCGGGGUCUGCGGAUAUUCGGGCUGCCUUUUGGUAG